GGAAGACAAAGGUCAAGACGAUGUUCGGAGGAGACAACGCGCUUCCAUUCUCGCGUCACUCGGACGUGCUACACGGUCCCGUCCCUACGAAUCCCACCGAGCUUGAGAACCUCGUAGCGGAGCUCAAGCGCCGAGGCAAUGCCGCUUUCCAACAGAAGUCGCUGGAAGAGGCCGAAGUGCUGUACACCCGCGCUAUCGCCGUGAAUGAGAGCAACCCACUGCAGAACCAGCACAUAGUCUACGCAAACCGCUCAGCAGCGCGCUGCUUUAUGGGAAAGUCCGCGCAGGCACUGGAGGAUGCCGACGCCUGCGUCGCACUGGACGCCACAUACGCGAAGGGAUUCUUCCGCAAGGCGCAGGCGCUUGUCAAACUCAACCGACUCAAGGAGGCACUGGCCGUAUUAGACGAAGCCAAGGCACUGGAGCCCGCUAACAAGUCGGUGACUACGCUGUACACGAAGGUGGAGGGAAUGGCUAAGAAAGAAAAGGAAGCGCCAGCAGCCCCGGCACCCAAGAAAGUGGUGACUCGCGUGGAAGUGCCACAGACUUCCACGGCUUCAGCGCCCAAGCUGGAUGCUUCCGUCGCCAGCACUACGGUUAUAGAUGAGGACGCUGAAAUUGUUGGCCAUGUCCGCGGCUACAAGAAGCUGGCGGACGGACGUGUUACGACGUUCUUCAACAACGAACUCACGGACGAGGCCAAACAGCUCAUUGGUGACAUCGCCCCUAAGAAGGUGGAGGAUCCUAACAAGAUCCAGAUUAAGAGCGUGGACGGCGGAUCGGCAUGGAACCAGGGCAACACGUUCGAGGAGAAGGACAUGACGACGUGGGCUAAGAGCAAGUUGGAGAAGAUUGUGUCGGGAGUCGUAGCACCACUGGGCACUGGCGAAGGCGUUGUCACCUCGCUGGAAGUGUCGGACCUCGAGGGCGAUGCGUCAAUUGCGGUGGUGCGUGGCGCCAAGCGCUAUAUCUUCGACUUCUCGUUCGCGUUGGCGUGCAAACUGAAGCAGGGUGACACAUCAGUGGCUGGUGAGCUAAAGUUCCUCGACUUGAGCUCGGACUGUGGUGGUGACUACGACGUGGAGGCAGUUGUGCCUUCCCGUUAUCAAUCGGAAAGUGGCAAGGCGCUGCACGCGGCACUCAACUCGUCGAGCUCUCCGUUCCGCAAGGCUCUAGCUACUCAACUAGCUACGUUCGUGGAGGAGUACCACACGUUCUAACCUGAUAGUAAUACACGAGUUUUGAUGCCA